AUGGUUCGUUUAUCCAACGCUUUGGCCGGAGCCUUGACCCUCUCUUCGGCUUUUGCCUUGAAUGGGGUGAUUAUAUACCACAAAAAGGACUUAGCUAUUGAAGCAUGUACUCUUCUUAUAGCAAAAUCUGCAACCUUGUUCAAUAAAACCGAUAAGGCUGGUUACUGUUCGGUGAAGAACCAGCAGGCCUUGGGUACGAUGGCCCACUGCAUGGAACAACUUCCCUACAAGAAGUCUAGACAAUCGUUCCUUGACUACUGUGACAAAAAGAACCACUCUAUUACCGAGGAACAGUAUUUAGCCGCUUACGACAACGCUACUAGUCACUUGGUGAAAAACGUUACUGCAGAUGAUCCAACCUACAAGAUCACCAAGUUGUACUACAAGCCAGUCGCUCUUUCGCAAGUGAAGGUUAAAGGUGCUUGGGAGUCGGAAGUUGGUCGUUAUUACAACUACAACUGGGCCCAUUGGUAUGGUAUCGCCCUUGCUUCGUACUGGUUCUUUGUCAUGUUGAUCGCUGGUAUUUGCAACUUGACCUACUUCUUGUUCCCCAACUUUGUCAAGAAGCUCACGGGUUCCACCAUCAAUGCCUACAGAAAGCAUGUCACUUUGCCUGCAUUGUUCGGUAAGUCUCACGCUCAUCACUUGCAAUUCCUUAAGGUGUUCCAAGUUUUGCUUCCAACUAGAUUGGAAAGUAUUUUGGUUUUCAUCUGGGUUGCAAUGACCAUCAUUUUCAUGUCGGUCAAGUACAAGCACGAUAAACCUAAUGUUAUCUGGCCAAAGAGUAUCGCUAUUGAGAUCGGAAGAAAGAUUGGUGACCGUACUGGUAUUGCUGUGUUGUAUGUCAUCCCUACUUUAAUUUUGUUUGCCGGAAGAAAUAACUUCAUGCAGUGGGUCUCUGGAUGGCCAUACUCUAGAUUUGUGUACAUCCACAAGUGGUUGGCUAGGGCUGCUUUCUUGAUGAUUGUGGUUCAUGCUGUCGGUAUGACUUACAACGGUAUUGGUCUCGGUAAGUUUGUGUUCAGAAACAACAAGGACUACAUGAGAUUUGGAUAUGUGGCUACUGUUGCUGCUGGUCUCAUGAUGUUCCAAUCUUUGUUGGUGUUCAGAAGAACCAACUACGAGUUAUUCUUGGCCUUCCACAUCCUCUUGGCUGUUCUCUUCAUUCUCGGUGGAUGGAGACACACCACUGAAGAUGGUUUUCAACAAUUCUACUAUGCCGCAACUGCCAUCUGGGUGUUUGACCGUGUUGUCCGUUUAGCACGCUUAGCAGCGUUUGGAAUCCGUAGUGCUGAGGUUCGUUUGGUCGCCAACGAAACCUUGAGAGUCACCAUGACCAGACCAAGCUACUGGGUGCCUUACCCAAACUGCAAUGCUUACAUCCACUUCAUCAGACCAACCUGUUUCUGGCAAUCACAUCCUUUCACUAUUGUUGACUCGGUGACUGAGCACAACACCAUCACCUUCUACUUGAAGGUCAAGGGUGGUAUUACCCACGGUUUGUACCAAUACUUGAGCAAGCAACCAGACAACACUGCCAUGAUCAAGGUCAGUAUCGAGGGUCCUUAUGGACAAAGAAGUGCCAUGAGCCGUUUCGAAAACACCGUGUUCUUGGCCGGUGGUAACGGUAUUCCAGGAUUGUAUGAUGAAGCCACCCAGAUCGCUAAGAAGAGAAGUGGAGGUGUUAAGCUUGUGUGGGUUAUCCGUCAUUUCAGAUCCAUUGAGUGGUUCUACCCCGAAUUGUUGAAGCUUAAGAACUCGGGUGUCGAGACCACUAUUUUCGUGACCCAGCCUCAUCUUGGAUUGACCAACCCAAUUGUACCACAUGCCCUUGAUGGUAGUGACGACGAGUUGGAGCGUUCUGAAGAAGAGGAAGAGAAGAAGUCCGAGAACCUUGAAGAAUCCAAUGAUUACAUCCAAAACGUCAAGAACAAGUUGAAUUUCAUCGAGUUUAGAGAGGGAAGACCUGACAUUUACGAAUACGUUGCGCAAGAAAUUGCCCAAACCAAUGGUCCAAUUGCCUUUGGCACUUGUGCCCAUGCCAAGAUGGUAGAUGAAGCCAGAAAAUCGGUGGCUGAUCAUCUUAAUGACACUAAGUAUAGAGUGGAGCUCUUUGAGCAAUUACAAACCUGCCUGGCCCAUCCUGUUGCUCGCAUCUGGAUCCUUCACCCAGCCUGUUGGAACCUCGAACUUUCGCCUAUCUCUGCCCAACCAGCGCAGGCUGCCAUUCGUUUCUCCACCACCUCCAACCACCAAAUGCAUCACCAUAGAGCCACCCACACCUACAACGUGGUGCGUGGCUAUACGCCCACCAUCGACGUCCAUCCACGAGCAGAUUCUUCCGACUCGAGCGAAACCGAUCGGUGCAAGCACAGUAACUCGGGAGAGUGCCAAAAGCCGGUGUCGAACAACGCGGAAACCAUUGCCCUUGCGGUGGUGUUGCCGUGUGUGGUAAUCAUCAUCGUGCUUGGGUGCUUUCUCUUCCGCAACUACCGCAAGGAAAAGAAGGAGUCCAUGGAGCACGAUCCCGAUUUCGACGAGAAUGGCGAGGCCACUGCGUUGCCCGACUUGCCCAAUCCCAAAUAUAACAUGGAGGAUCCUUUCCACAACAGAAACUCGGUUAGGUACCCGCAAGCGGUCGCCGAGGCUGGUGCCCCCGGCUUGAACUUCCACCACGUCAACAAGUCCUCCAGCUCGUUGGCCAUGUCCAACAUGACUGGAGACCCAUACAUCGACACCUUUUCAUUGCCUUACCAGCACCAAACCGGCUCCAAGGCGUCAUUGGACGAUUACGCCAGGAAUUUUGGAAUUAACGGAAUUGACGGACCCACCAGAGCUUCGGCCUACGUUAACAGAACCCGAAACUCCAGCAUCAGCCAGCCUCCCAUCAAUGGCUUUGCUAACGUAUCGCCCCAAAAAUCUAACUUGAGAACGGAAAUCACCAAUGCCAACGUCCAAAAGAGCCCCGUCAAAAAAUUCGGAAACAAAGAGUACACAAACAUUCCAAACCAUUCGACCACUUCCAUAAGAGAUGGUACUGAAUUGACAAAAUUCACCACUGCAUCAGAUAUCGAGUCUGUAACCAACUCUGAAGAUUCUUCUGCGGGUGAAAAGUAUGAGGGUGGUGUCAAAUACGAGAACGAAUCUACCUUAGAAGUGAACAAUAAUAGUACUGCUCCAAGGCCAUUCUUCGACAAGGUACUGGGUAUUCCUCCCACCGCAGGACUUUCCUACGACAGGGAGGCUCACUCAGCCCAUGCUCACCAUCCUGAACCUACUGUCGAAGAAUCGCCAGUCUACAUCGAUUCCCACACUGAUGAUAAAUUGACUUCUUCUCCUUUUGAUGACACUGUUAACGAUACAACCGCUAACACCACUUCAAACACCUACCCUGAAAGAGAGCACAAGUUGGAUUAUGAGAAUGAAGAGCCCAUCGAUGGAGACUUUAAUUUCUCCACCGAUAAUAACACCACUCAAGACCAAAGUCAUUUGACUCAGGAUCUGGAGUCGACGCCAUUUGCUAAAAGUAAGUCCCCCAGAAUUUCUCAAUUCAACUUAUUGAAGAAUGACAGUGAUGAAGAGGAUUUCAAUAACGAAGAUGAAGUGGAGGGUCAAGCCCUUACUGCUGAAAAAGAGGAAGAAUUGAAGAGAAUGAAGUCAGUUUACAGAGUAUACUUUGAUGGUGAAAGUACUCAUAAUCCUGGAGACGAAGAAGAGCGUGGUUUCAAGGUGGAUCCAUCUCAACCUCUUCCUCAAAUUAACGUUGACGGUAUUCCCCAAGCAAAGUCUGAUGAAAGAAUCAGAAUCAACAACGAGUUAACUAUGGAUACCAACUAUGACAAGAGAAUGACCACUACUUCUUCCAUCUACCCAGAAGGUGCUGAUCAAUCUUAUAAUCAAUCAUAUGAGGAACAGCAUUUCUAUGAACAACAGCAUGUUCAACCUCCUGUUGACUUACCACCAUUACAACAGCUAAGAAAUGCUUCGGAUAUUCGUAAGUCUACUCUUCAGACUUACACUGACUUCCGCCCGAAAACUAAAAAUGUUGUUACUUCUCCUACCCAAAAGCAUACAUUUAGCCCAGUGGACAACUGGACCUCUCCAAAAAACUCUCCUGUGAACCAAUCGCAAUCAUCCUUUGUGUCUGUGAAUCAGCCUCAGUCCAUCUUGCCUCCAAGCAAUUCUAGUACAAGUUUGAACGGUUCAGUCGGAACUGUACCCUCUGCUACGCAGUUAUCCAGAUCAUCGGUGGUGAUGUUGAAUCCUGUCACUGAAAUCACAAAGCAAAGAAAAUUCAAGCCAGCUGGAUCUUUACCUGCAAAUUCUGCUGCGUCUCCGCCUAACCCUUACAACCCUCAAUUUAACCAAAGUUUCGCUAGUACCGAUGGUAGUUUGAUCCCUGGUAAUAGAAAGAGUGACGUCAGAAGAAUGAUGAAUACCAAUUUUUAG